CCAGGAAGGUACUUCCAGGAACGGAGGGGGAGGGUCGGGAUAAGGAUGGAGUGGGAAGGAGCUCUGUCCGUCCCCGCCCCUUCUGUUAGGAAAGAGAGCAAUGGUGGUGGGCAGAUUUCUAGGCAGAAAUGGAUGGCUCCAGGAGUCAGUCACAAGCAUUUGUGAAGGGCCCUCUCAGGGGUGAAAUGCUAAGCUCGGGGUACAAAGAAAGGUAGUCCCCGAUCUCUGGGAACUCCCGACUACUGGGACAAAUAACUACGUGCCCACGAAACAGUUAUCUGUCAGGCCAGUUGGAGGGUAAUUAUUAGGGAGUAUCUGGUAAAGCUGCUUCUAAGGGGUAGUAUUUAUCAGGAGGCAGAGAAGAGGGAGAGAAUUCCAGGCAUGGGGCUCCAUUCAUGAAGUGAUGGAAGGGAGGCCAAGCGUUGCGGGAUUACAGGCUGUUACGGGGAGUGUGAAAUACUUGAAAAAUAGGAGUCCAGAUUAUGAAGGACUUAAAAGUCAAGCAGAAGAUUUUCUCUUUCACUCUGGGGCUAACGGAGCUGGUGGAGUUGAUUAAAUUGAGGGGAUGUGAGGAAAUUUGGGUUUUGGAAGAUCACUUCCAAAGCUGAGUGGAGAACCAGCCUAAAAUGGGAAAAGACUUGGAAAGCCACGGGGCAGUUAACUUGGAACCUGCAGUCUUCACUUUGCCUCCAUUUGAAGCAGCUAUUCAUUUGUGAGACUUGCAAUCCUUCAACUCUCCAUUUCCGAAGGUCAAUGCAGAAAAAUGGCAGAGUAGGUUAAAGGGAUCUGAAGUCUCAGUCUGGCUCUUAUUAUCCUGAAUAAGACUCUUGUGUCUUCCUAGAUCCUAGGUCCUGACUUUUCCUCAGUCAUAGGAGUAAUAUGGGGGAGAUGGACAGGUAGGAGGGAAUGUCUUGUUGCAAGAAAUAUCUGUGGCAAGAUUGUUGGAGUUCCUUCCAUCAGUAUAUACCUUCUCACUUCUAUGGAAAAUGGAUGGGAAUAAAUGGAAUUGAAAUUGUCAUUUGUUAAUUGCCCUGUUUCCAUGGAUAAUGGAAAAUGGGCCCUGAUCAUUCUAGGUUCUCCAUCAAAGACAAGAUUGUUCAGGUCUUGGGGGAACUGCUGUCCAGCAGAGAUAGGGUGGUAAAAUUUAAGUAUUUAUAUCUAUAUAGAGCAUUGUAGUAGACCCUAUUUGUGGGAUUAAAAAGAAUCUAAAAGUUAGUACUUCUAGAAAUUGGACAAGAUCAUAUAGAUAGAUACAUGUGAAGUAACUAGGGAUCAAUUAGAAACCAACAUAUAAAGUACGAAAACAACUACAAUAUAGUGUGUACUAAGUAAAUAUGUGAAUGGCACAUAAUAAAUUGUAGAAAUGGGGAUGAAAUGAAAUUAAUGAGAAAAAAAAAAGCUUUGAGGAGAUUUCAAAGAAAGUGAUGGAACUGUAAAGAACAAUAUCAAGAAUAUAUAGAGUUGAUAUGGUAGGAAUAAAUACCUUCUUCCUUCUAUUCCUUCAUUUUUCAGAGUCUCCAAAAUGGGGUUUGUGAUAAUUUUGUUGUUCUGUAAAUCUUUGGUGAUGUCCAAUUGUCUUUCUCCUCUCUUCCUAUCCAAGAUCUAUUUCAUGGAAAGACUGCCACUCAUAAAUAUAUCUUCUACAUUGCUUAGAAGUUAGAAAGUUGAAGGGACAUGUGGGAGAUGUAUAGGAGAAUGUGAAAUGGACAGAGAAUUCUGAAAAUUUUGCUGGCAUUUAAAAUACAUACUCUUCUCUCACCACAUUGAAGGAGGUGUCCAAAACAAAUCUUAGCCAAUGUCAAUCUCUAGCACUUAGUAGGUACUUUAUAAAUGCUGGUUGAACGUAUGCAGAAGUUCUUAUCUAGAUUAACUGAGAUUGUCAUAUUUGAUCUUAAAAUAACUUCCCAAUUAACCAUGUAUUUUACUGUUACUAUCUCCUACUAGUCAUUGUGCUCAAUUAACUUGAACAAAUACGAAUAUGUGUUUUACAUGUUUUUGAAAAGAGUAUCUAAGAAAACUUUUGAAAGUUUAAAUUUAUAAAACAGCUAAAUUAGGAUUUUUUCUUCACCUUACGAAAGAAUCCACUUAGAUAACGACUUUUCCUGGCACAUUUAAAGGUAUGCCUUGAUUUUUUUUAAAUUCAGAUUUCAAAAAGUUUAAAGGAUGUAUCCUUUGUGUAAAGUGGAGGAUAUAUGUAUAUAUACAAAUGUAUAUAUACAUAUAUAUAUAUAGAUGCCAUCCUUUGUAUAAGAUGAGACUGUUGAUGGUGGUUGGUGUUUAUGAACACAUCAUUAAACAGAUUAAUUUUUAUGUUCCACCCCAGACUAUAUCCCUUCCCAUUCCAAUCCCAUUAAUUAAUGGGAUUCAUUAAUGAAAGUGUUUCAGCACUUUGAAUUAUAGCUGCUUAGAUACCUCCAGGUCGGCACUGCUGCUAUCAAAUAUCCUAGUCCAUGAAAAAUAAUUAGGAAAGCAAAGUUGCCACAUGAUAUGUGUGUGUAUUUUAUGUGUGUGUGUGUGUGUGUGUGUGUGUGUGUGUGUGUAUCCCACACUGUACUUCUUAGACAAAUGCCAAGACUUAUCAUUUCUUCUGUUUAAUCUGUCUCUCUGAUGUCCUCCAUUAGUCCAGAGGAUUGGGAUAUUAACAAUGGAUAUAUCGGUGCUAAUAAGGCUUAUCUGUGUUUAUUUCCCAGGGAGUCCUCAUUUUGGCAGCCUGGUAUGAGGUCUCUGGAUAAUGAAAAUCUAUAAGUAAUCCAUCUUUCUCACCAAACAUAUUGUUUUCCCCUUUUUCUCCAUGCCUACAUUUCCUUAGAGCUGUUUGCAAGAAGCCAUGUAGACAAGAAUGACUGACCCUUUCUCAUGGCUCUUCUCAAGGAUGAGGAAAGAAUGGAAAAUGGCAUAGAAAAUUUUGUAUGUUGGUUUUUUCAAUGGAUUUUCCAUUGAAAAUAGGACUAGAUUGUUCUAGGUUCUCCAUCUGCCAGGAUUGUUCAAGCCUUGGGGGAACUUGCUAUCCAAGAGAGAUGAGGCAGAGUACCUAUAGGGCAUUGUAGCCAGGCCUCUAGAAAUUGGAACAGACACAUGUGAAGUAACAAUCAAUUUUAUAACAUAUGAAGUACAAAAACAACACAAUAUAGUAUGUACUAAGUAAAUAUGUGCUGUAUUCAGCACAUAACAAAUUAUGGGAAUGGAGAUGAAUAUGGAAUUAAUGAGAAAAAAAGCUUUGGAGGAGAUAUUUUUAGUUUGUGUUUCAAAGGAAGUGAUGGAGCUAUAAGGAACGGAGUUUUAAGAGUUGAUGUGGUAGGGAUAAAUAUGUGUAUACAUAUAUGUAGAUAUCAAAUAUAAAUAGUAUAUUCAUAUACAUAUCUGAUCCCAUUGAUGUAGGGAUAUCUUGGUGAGAAAGUACCUCUAUUAAAGUAAAUUAGCAUUUCUUCAUCUUAUUCUAGAGUGCUACCUGGGACACAAAAAUUAAGUGACUAGUCCCAAGUUCAUACAGUUAGUAGUUAUCAGAGGCAGUGCUCCAACAUUGGAUCUUCCUGACUUGGAGGUCCAGUUACUAACUACAGCCCUCUGUCUCUUAUGGAAGGCAUUAACUAGCCACUGUAAUUCUUAAGCAGGAAAGUUAUUGAAAGUAGUGAAUUUCCUAUCACUGAAUGUCUUCAAGUGUAGGUUAAAUAAUCCAUUGUUAGAAAAGAUUCCUGUUGGAAUUUUCUACCAAUUCCAUUGGUAGAAAAGAUUCCUAUUCUGUUAAUAGAUAAUCUCUGUGAUUCUGUUGUACCAAGGAGAGAUAGCUCUUCUACCUCCAACUCUGUGCUUGUGCAACCCUGGCCCUACUAUCUUCUAUCUUCUACUAUCUUCCAGUAGAAUCCAUAGGAAGCUAUGACACCAUCCUGCCCCUUAGGAACAGGAAGGGUAUUCAUACACCAUAAACAUCAUGUAUUCAUAGAGAGUCCCUAUACUCUGUGGGAUGGAGCUGGUAGCAAGCACCUUGUCUAAAGUUUGUGAUUUUCACUUUCCCACUGAUGCUUUCAGAGAAAGAGAGGAAGAUUAGGAUUUCCUAAUCCUAAUUCUAAAUUAGCUAUAAAAAUAAAUAAGGGUACAAGAUUAGGGCAUGGAGAUGAGUAGAGGCAAGGACAUACCAAACAAAAAUAACUAAGCUUUCAUUUUCUAGUCUUUUUUCCCCACCUUUGAUCUUAGGGAUAAGGCUGGCAUAACAUCUGAAUUAGUUGGGAAUAGGAGAGCAGAUGGCAUGCUAGAGUGAAAAAUAGAGUUUCUCAUUGGUUGGCUUCUUGGAGAAGAAAGUAUUGAAUACUUGUCUCAAAAAAGGACAUCUGAAUGACUUUUCAUUAGGGAUGCCCUAACAUCCUCUUAAAUUAUCGGGGGGUCUGCCAAGAUUUCCUAAGAAUUGGUUCCUAAUAAUUAACUUGGGUUAAGGCGAAGGACCUGGGUGAAUUCAGAAGAGAUCCCACAGCAGUGUAACAAGAAAAUCUAAAUAUAUGAUGGGAGAAUCUUCAGGUCUCUCCACAAUUUGUCGGUUCCUGAUUCUGGCCCCAGGCCCUUGGCAACACCUGCCCCUUUCCCACCGGGGCCCCCCAUGAUGCCUCCUCCCUUCAUGCCCCCUCCAGGGAUUCCUCCACCUUUCCCCCCAAUGGGGCUGCCUCCCAUGAACCAGAGACCACCUGCCAUCCCUCCCAUCCCCCCUGGCAUGAUGCCCCCAAUGCUCCCACCAAUGGGGGGGCCACCACCAAUUACACAGAUACCAGGGAUGGUACCACCCAUGAUGCCAGGGAUGCUGAUGCCGGCGGUGCCUGUCACUGCAGCGACGGCCCCAGGUGUGGACACCGCCAGCUCUGUUGUAGCUGGAGCAGACCCUAUGAGGGUUUUGUGGAGUGAACAUGUGGCUCCUGAUGGGCGAAUCUACUACUACAAUGCAGAUGACAAGCAGUCUGUAUGGGAGAAGCCCAGCAUCCUCAAGUCCAAAGCUGAGUUGCUGUUGUCUCAGUGCCCCUGGAAAGAGUACAAGUCAGACACUGGCAAACCCUACUACUACAACAACCAGAGUAAGGAGUCCCGGUGGACCCGGCCUAAGGACCUGGAUGAACUGGAGGCUUUGGUCAAACAGGAGGCUGCAGGGAAGCAGCAGCAGCAGCAGCAGCCGCAGCCACAGCUGCAGCCCGAGCCACCUCCUGCUACUCCUGGACCAGCCCCAGCCUCCACAGGCCUCAUUGAACCUGAACCUGGUGGGCAUGAAGACUGUGAACUGUCAGAAUCUACCCAGCCUCUAGAUCAGGGGCUUUUACAUCCAGAGGAGAGCACCAGCAGUGCGGCCAGGCGGCAGGAGGAGGAAGAGCCAAAGCUCGAGCCAGAGAGGUCAAGCUUCAGCUGGAGCAACCGAGAAAAGGCAAAGCAGGCAUUCAAGGAAUUGCUAAGGGACAAGGCUGUCCCUUCCAAUGCUUCAUGGGAACAAGCCAUGAAGAUGGUGGUUACUGACCCCCGCUACAGUGCUCUGCCAAAACUAAGUGAGAAAAAGCAGGCCUUCAAUGCUUACAAAGCACAGCGGGAGAAAGAAGAAAAGGAAGAGGCCCGUUUGAGGGCCAAAGAGGCCAAGCAGACUCUUCAGCACUUUCUGGAACAGCAUGACCGUAUGACCUCUACCACCCGAUACCGGAGAGCAGAGCAAACAUUUGGGGAGCUGGAAGUUUGGGCUGUAGUACCUGAAAGAGACCGUAAAGAAAUAUAUGAUGAUGUCCUCUUCUUCCUCGCUAAGAAGGAGAAGGAACAGGCUAAGCAACUACGUCGCCGCAAUAUCCAGGCUCUAAAGAGCAUCCUGGAUGGAAUGAGCAGUGUCAGCUACCAAACUACUUGGUCCCAAGCUCAACAGCACCUCAUGGACAACCCCAGCUUUGCCCAGGACCACCAGCUGCAGACCUGCUCCCUGCGGGCAGACAUGGACAAGGAGGAUGCGCUGAUCUGCUUUGAGGAGCACAUCCGAGCACUGGAGCGAGAGGAAGAGGAGGAACGUGAGAGGGCACGACUUCGGGAGAGGCGCCAGCAUCGCAAGAAUCGAGAAGCCUUCCAGACCUUCCUGGACGAGCUGCACGAGACAGGGCAGCUGCACUCCAUGUCUACCUGGAUGGAGCUGUACCCAGCGGUCAGCACCGAUGUCCGCUUUGCCAACAUGCUGGGCCAGCCGGGCUCCACCCCUCUGGAUCUCUUCAAGUUUUAUGUAGAGGAUCUGAAGGCCAGAUUCCAUGAUGAGAAGAAGAUCAUUAAGGACAUCCUGAAGGAUCGGGGUUUCAGUGUGGAAGUGAAUACAGCCUUUGAAGACUUUGCACAUGUCAUCAGCUUUGACAAGAGGGCUGCUGCACUGGAUGCUGGCAAUAUCAAGCUGACCUUCAACAGCUUACUAGAGAAGGCAGAGGCACGAGAGCGGGAAAGGGAGAAAGAAGAAGCACGGAGGCUUCGACGUAGGGAGGCUGCCUUUCGGAGCAUGUUGAGGCAAGCUGCCCCUGCCUUAGAGCCUGGCACUUGCUGGGAAGAGGUCCGAGAGCGCUUUGUGUGUGACUCUGCCUUUGAACAGAUCACAUUGGAGUCAGAGCGAAUACGCCUCUUCCGAGAGUUUUUGCAGAGUGAGUGUCAGCAUUUUCACAUCAAAGGCAAAAAACAUGGCAAAAAGGGCAAGAAACAUCAUCGAAAGCGAUCCCAUUCACCCUCGGGCUCUGAAUCCGAGGAAGAUGAGCAACCACCCCUUCUUCGGCCCACCAAACGAAGAAAAUGGAAUCCUUCAGAAUCGGGCUCUGAACCUUCAUCUUCAUUCGAUUCAGCUGAGAGUGGGGGUGGCCCUCUUGGGGGCAGGGGCUCUCCCUCCAGCCGCCCCCCUCUUGGAGCAGAUCAUGGCUUUCGGAAGUCUAAGAAGCCGAAGAAGAAAGGCAAGAAGAAGAGGCACAAGUCGAACAGUCCUGAGAGUGAAAUAGAACGAGAGAAAGAGAAAGGAAGCAAGGAAGUGGAAGAGAAAGAACAAGAACGGGACAAAGAGAGGGAGGCCCGGAGGCCAGAGCCCCGAAAUCGGUCCCCUGGCCUUGGACUUAAGAAAGAGAAGACAGGCUGGGACACAUCAGAAAGUGAGCUGAGUGAAGGGGAACUCGAACGGCGCCGCCGGACACUUCUGCAGCAGCUGGAUGAUCAGCAGUGACCCUGAUCCUCACUCUCCCCUUGUGGGACGGUGUAAAGCUGUGUUCCUAGCACCAUCCUUGUUAGCCAAGCUCCCCAGCCCAGGGACUCCUUCCUCAGUCCUAUCAAAUGUCCAUUAUCCUAAAGCAUUCUGUUCCUAUUUGGCAAAACCCCUCCAAAGGCCAGCAUCAGCAUUAUAAGGUGGUCCCAGCUAUUCUUCAGAGAUGCCCCUCCCCCCAUUUAUCAUCUUGGAUGUCCAAUAUGGUCCCUACCAUCACCCCAGCUCCCUUGACCAGGCCUAAUAGGGUUAGGCAGCACCAAUAGAAUGAGGAGGUAUGGUAGGGGGAAGUUAUGCCCACUCCUACUUGUCUUUUACCUCUUUCCCUAGGAAGGGCCAUUGUAUGAGAAAGCUGCAGUCUGCCAAUGGGCACUGAGCCAGCUGGGAAAGAGGUGUGGAGAGGCAUUCUAGGCCAUUCAAAGUAGCUCUCUGCCCCUUAUCCCUCCUACCUUGGCCCAAUGGCACUACUUCUUCCUCUCUCCAACCUGGGAACUCAGUUUUUUUUUUUUUUUUUUUUUUUUAUUGAUUAAUAAUGAUAAUAUUUAUAACAUGGCUACAGACUCCUGUCUUUAAAUGGUUAAGGCGGGGUGGCAGGGGAGAGGAAGAGAAGAUUUGGUCAAUAAGUUUAGAAUGAAACCAAUAGACUCACUGGUCUAUACCCUCUAAAGCCAGCAGGGGGGAGAAUUGUAUCAUGGAUCAACCUAACUCUUGGGCUACUUUGCAUCUCAAAUUCUAUGGGGUCAGCCGAAGGCACCAUCUGGAGUCUACUAUCCAUAGCCGGUUUCUUGUUAACCGGUUCGUGCUUGUUACCACUUGUAUUGUGUUGAACAGAGAAGCUUGUAGUCCAAGGAAUCUAGGGGUACUGCCCCAUGGGUCAACCCACGAUCAUGAGAGGAAAGAAUUCAGACAUACAGUGCUGCUAAGCAUUUGUUGGCAU